UCAACUAUGACACAGUACAAGCUCUGUCUACUGCCGUUCAUGCUGCUGCUGUUGCUGCUGCCACGCCCCGUUGAGUUGAUUGUGGGCGGCCAGAAUGCUGCGGUAGGCGAUGCGCCCUAUCAGAUCUCGUUGCAAACGCUAACUGGCAGCCAUCUCUGUGGCGGAGCGAUAAUCUCAGCCAGUUGGAUACUCACGGCGGGGCAUUGUGUGAGUGGUUGGCCAGCGGAUCGACUGCGCGUGGCCAUGGGCACCACACGCUACACUGAGCCGGGCGCCGUGCACUAUCCCGCUGCCAUCUAUCUGCACUGCAGCUACGAUCGGCCCAAGUAUCACAAUGACAUUGCGCUGCUUCAGCUAAAUGCGAGCAUUGCCUUUGAUGCACUCACUCAGGCUGUGCAGCUGGUGAAUGGCUCCUGGCCCACUGGUAACUCAGAGCUACUCUUUACCGGCUGGGGCACGCAGUCGGCGGGCGGUGCCACGCCCACGCUGCUGCAGCGCGUGCAACAGCAGCACAUUACGAGGCAGGAGUGUGAGGCGCUGCUCGAUAGCUACGAAGAUGUUCAGCUGGGAGCGUGUCAUGUGUGCGCCUAUCGACAACGGAAUAUUGGUGCCUGCCACGGCGACACAGGUGGUCCGCUGGUCUACAAGGAUCAGCUAGUUGGCAUACUCAACUUCAUGGUGCCCUGUGCACAGGGUGUGCCCGACGUAUUCAUGGAUUUGCGCUACUACAGCGAAUGGAUACGGCGCACUGUAUCAGGCAAUGGCAGAUGUGCAGGGCUGCAACAGCAGACUAUUAAUUGAGCUAUUAAUUGAGCUCCAAGACUUAUACAAUUUAAAUUAGUUUAAUUUAUUAAAAAAAUAUGUUUAUUUUUGUACUCUGCGAUACGCGAAGGAUUUUUUCCAUUAUCAA